UCAAUUUAUUCAAUCAUAACACCUGCCUUGAUUUUUUAUGUACUCAUUUUUUAUUGUAAACGCAAGUAAGAAAGUAAUUUAGAUAGAAAGACAUAUUGUAAACUAUGGCCUCUGAAAAGGACCCUCUUGUAAGCGAAAGAUCAGGUACUGUAAGGGAAGUCGGAAAUCAUGCUAUUUGGAGCCUCUCUUCGUGUAAACCAGGUUUUGGAAUAGACCAGCUGAGAGAUGACUGCAUGGAAACUUAUUGGCAAUCGGAUGGACAACUGCCUCAUCUAGUAAACAUUCAAUUCCAAAGAAAAACUAUGGUCUCACACAUUUACAUCUAUACAGACUAUAAACUAGAUGAGAGCUAUACACCUAGCAGAAUAUCAAUUCGUGCUGGAACACAUUUUAAUGAUUUGCAAGAAAUUGAAGUUAUUGAAUUGAUUGAGCCUAGCGGUUGGGAAGUAAUACCAAUUAAAGAUAUCCAUGACCGACCAAUCAGAACAUACAUGAUUCAAAUAGCAGUAUUGAGUAACCACCAAAAUGGAAGAGACACACAUAUGAGACAGAUCAAAGUUCAUUCCCCAUGUGAAACUACUUCCUUUGACAUAAAUAAGUUUAGAAACUUUUCUACAGUACAGUUUCAACAAUAUGCUACUAUCCGCUAAAUUAACUUUUACUGUAAGAUUCAUUUAAGUUCAUUACCUACCUUUUUAGUAUUAGAUAUUCAUAAUGUGCCAAUUCGUAUGCGCAAAACUGUUUUAACACUCCAUUAAGUAAAAAUGUAUAGUGACACAACUUUGCUUUGUUCCCAAGGAGCUCUGAAAAGAGCUGAAGGCUCUAAAAGUAAAAGAGUUUGUGAAUAAAAACAUAUUUAACAACCCUUUCAAGUUGGUAUUUAUAUUUAUAGCUGUAAAUUAAUGAAAUAAAACACUUAGUUAUAGUAUUAUCUCUCAUUUUUAUAUUUUAAUAACUUUUGUGUUUUCAUUCUGAUUCGUCACUUUCCUCGCUUGCUUGCUGUAGCCAAUCAAAGAACUUGAGUAAAGAAGGUUGUGUCACUAUAGGACUUUCAUUUUCUUUGAGGUCUUCAUACCAUUCCAGCAAAGAGUCUUCAUCAACAACAUCAGCUUCAUAUAAUAAAUGAAGAAUUUGACCUGUUUUGCCAUUUAACCACUCGCAUUUUAUGCAGCUAUCCUGGAGUGAAAACCAGCAAUAAUGUUACUACCUAGACUUUACCAACUUAUUUUAAAAACAUUGAAUAUUAAAUCCAAAUAU